AUGGCUGAUGCACUAAAACCUGAUGAAUUGGCCAUCAAUUCCAAUGUCUUCCCCCAAAAACCUACCAUCAAAGGCAUUGAAAGCAUCAAUAAUGCCACCUUUCCACUUUUGCAGAUUCCAAUUGUCAACAUUGGCAUUCUUAAUUCUUCUCUUUCAUCUGAAGUGGAGGUGGAACUAAGGAAACUGUGCUCAGCUCUGGGUUCAUCUGGUUAUUUUCAGGCAAUUAAUCAUGGAAUGAGUACUUCAUUCCUAGAUGAAGUGCUGGAAAUCACAAGAGCAUUCUUUAACCUUCCAUUGGAGGAGAAACAGAAAUAUCCCAGAGUUUCCAUUGAAUUGGAGGGUUAUGGGAAUAACACUCACAAAAACUAUCAAACCCUUGGAUGGAAUGAACGGCUCCAUCUUAAUGUGCUCCCUGAAACUGCCAGGAACUCUGGAAAAUGGCCACAAAGUCCUGAAAAUUUCAGGAGGGUUUUGCUUGAAUACACAGAAAAACUGAGGGUGAUGAAUGAAAUCAUUCUUAAAGCUAUGGCAAAGUCACUAAACUUGGAGGAGAAUUGUUUGCUGAAUCAAUUUGGAGAAAAUCCACGAGCUGUGUUCGGUUUUAAUUUCUAUCCACCAUGUCCAUUGAUGCCGGAUGUUUUUUAUGCUGCCACGCCCCAUUCAGAUGCGUCUAUGACUAGCUUUAUCUUGCAAGAUAAAGAAGUGGAAGGCCUUCAAGUCUUGAAAAAUAACCAGUGGCAUAGAACUCCGCUUACUCCGGAUGCCAUUGUCGUCAAUGUUGGUGAUCAAGUUGAGAUAAUGAGUAAUGGGAUAUUUAGAAGUCCAGUCCACAGAGUUCCAACAAACAACAAAAGGGAGAGAAUAUCUCUUGCCGUUUUCUUUGGUCCUGAACCUUCGAUCGAAAUCAAACCAGCGGAGGGACUCAUUGAUGAUAAAAAUCCGAGGAGGGUUUUGCUUGAGUACACAGAAAAACUGAGGGUGUUGAAUGAAAUCAUUCUUAAAGCUAUGGCAAAGUCACUAAACUUGGAUGAGAAUUGUUUUCUGCAUCAAUUUGGAGGAAAUCCGAGAUUGCUUUCGACUUUUAAUUUCUAUCCUCCAUGUCCAUGGCCGGAUGUUUUAGAUGCCAACAAGCCCCAUGCAGAUCCGUCUGGGAUUACCCUUAUCUUGCAAGAUGAUGAAGUGGAAGGCCUUCAAGUCUUGAAAAAAAAUCAGUGGCAUAGAACUCCGCUAACUCCAGAUGCCAUUGUCGUCAAUGGUGGUGAUCAAGUUGAGAUAAUGAGUAACGGCGUAUUCAAAAGUCCAAUACAUAGAGUUCCCACAAACAACAAAAGGGAGAGAAUAUCGCUAGCUUUUUUCUUUUGUCCUGAACCUUCGUCCGGUGAAAUCAAACCCGCGGAGGGACUCAUUGAUGACAAAAAUCCGAGAUUGUACAAGAAUGUCAUAGAUUAUCUUCGACACUUUAGAGAGAACAUUCAACAUAGGAUCGCAAGGCCUUUAGAUGCUUUGAAAAUUUGA